UCUCCGCAAUCCCGCACGGCUGCAAGCGUUAUUUUCUUCUCCGGCUGCACCGGCUGCACGCAAUCUUCUUCUCCGGUCCCAAAUCAGGCACAGCUCUAAGGCAGGAAUGGCUCUGAGGGGCAAGCGAUCUUCUUCUCUGGUCCCAAAUCACGCACGACUCUAAGGCACCCAACGCUCCGGCUUAAGGGGCUCGCGAUCUUCUUCUCCGGAGUUCUUUCCACGAUCCACCGAACAAGAUCAAGUUUAGUUUACAUCUCAAAAAUAAGAUUCAGCAUCUUGAGAAAGACCUUUCCCUUUCAAAUCAAGAUGAAGAAAGACAGAGAUCAUCUUUCACGGCAUCAACAACUACUUCAAGGAAUUUUCAACUUGAGAGGCCCUCAAGUAUGACAGAUCCUGUCAACUUUAACUCCCAGGCUUACAUAAGAAAUGAACCAGGAGAUACUAUGACUUGGAGCUCACCUACUCCAUCCUGUUAUGCAAACCAGUUUGGGACUACAUCUGCAGAAAGACAAGUAUUUACUCCAAAGCUUCUUGACAUUAAUUACAUUGAAGGAUCUGGAGAUAAAAAAUGGAAAAGUUUAGACUUUCCAUGGACAAAGAAACUUGAGGCUAACAACAGAAAAGUGUUCGGUAAUCACUCAUUUCACCCCAAUCAAAGAGAGGUGAUCAAUGCUACAAUGAGUGGUUGUGAUGUCUUUGUUUUAAUGCCAACUGGUGGUGGAAAGAGGUUGACAUACCAAGCAAACAUUCCUGCUACUUAUCUUGGUGCCAAUAUUGAAUGGGCUGAACAACAGGAUAUUUUUCGGGAAGUGAUGUCUGAUGUUUGCAAAUACAAAUUGCAGUAUGUCACUCCAGAAAAAAUUGCAAAUUGCAGCUAUGGUGACAUCCAAGGUAGGGAAAUGCUAUGCAUUUACUGGCUUUGAAGCACUGAAGAAGUUGUUCCUUUUGAG